GUCCGGCUUCUGCUAUGCCGUCGUUAAUGAGGCUGAAGAGUCCAUGUCCUUGACAUCUACAACAUCUAUGCUCCUCUAUGCACCCAAGGAAACCUCACAAAUUGCCCGCAGAAGCCUUUGGUGAGUUAUUUGUUGAUUUCUUGAAUGAGGACUUUCGUCCAACUGUUGAUGAUCGUUCCUAAUUUGCUCCCGUUGUGAGUGCAGGGAAUUUUUUGAUCCAUGCACUGAUAAUUAUGUUUCUGCUUAUCUCAACCAGCCGAACGUUCAGGAGGCCCUCCAUGCCAACGUUACGAGACUGAAAUUUGACUGGCAACCUUGCAGCCAAGUUCUCAGGAAUUGGCAAGAUGGUCCAUAGACAGUCAUUCUUCUUCUGAAGGAGUUCAUGGAAGCUGGACUCAGGGUCUGGGUAUACAGUUAAAGAAAAGGAAAGGAGCAAUUCUUAUUAUGAUUAUUAUUAUUAUUAUUAUUAUUAUUAUUUGAGUUUAAAACCUACAAAUUGGUGGACCUCUAAUCUUUUCAAACUUUGCAAUAAUAAUCCUUUCCAGUGGGAUAUCUAUGGAAAAGUUCUGGUGACUUCAAUCAGGUCCUUGAUUAACGUGAUGAAGCUUCCGGCGAAAACUGCUUGGCAUCCUUGGUUUCUCAAAGGAGAGGUAGGUGGCUAUACACAGGUUUACGGCGGAGACUUGACAUUUGCGACAGUGAGAGGGGCGGUACAUGAGGUGCCGAGCUACCAAUCCAGGAGAGCUCUUUCAGUUCCUGGCCGGCACACCUCUGCCGGCUACUUUGCAAAAUACCAGAUUUUCUGAAUUAAUUUUCUACAUAACUUCUCAACUGAGAAGUAGAAAUAUUUCUAGUUGAAAAAUUGAAAUCACAUAUAUAAUAUAGUACAUGAUUGAUCUCAAAAUCUGUAAAGAA